AUGGCAGGUCCAUCAGCCCCGAGUUCAGCUUCUGCCGCCGUUCUACUGCCUUCUGACCCUAUUCCUGACACAGCGGUGUCCGUUCAAGGUCCCAAUUUUGACAAUCAUCUCACCAUCCAAGAACUCUUGGAAAGUUAUGAACGGAUCGGGUUCCAAGCAAAUAGUCUCGGCCAGGCAAUCUCUAUCGUGAACAAAAUGGUGUAUGAACCUAUGGCGGAAGAUGACUCUGACGAUCCCGACGUGCGUGCGCAAACCCGCUGUAACAUCUUUCUUGGUUAUACCUCCAAUUUGAUCUCCUCCGGCUUGCGUGAAAUUAUACUUUAUCUCGUCAAACACAAGCAUGUUGCUGCCAUCGUCACAACAGCUGGUGGGAUUGAAGAAGAUUUCAUCAAAUGUCUUGGAAAAACGUAUCUGGCCGACUUUAAUCUGGAUGGGGCCAGUUUACGAAAGAAGGGAAUGAAUCGCAUUGGGAAUCUCAUCGUCCCGAACGACAAUUAUUGCAAAUUUGAAGAUUGGCUCACUCCCAUCCUUGACACCAUGCUUGCCGAACAAAAAGAGACCGGGAAUGUCUGGGCUCCCAGUUCAUUUAUACGAAGACUAGGGAAAGAAAUAAACAACGAAGAGUCUGUCUAUUAUUGGGCGUAUAAAAACGACAUCCCUGUAUUUUGCCCUGCACUUACUGAUGGUUCUAUUGGGGAUAUGAUCUACUUCCACUCUUUCCGCUCGCCGGGUUUGAUUUUGGACAUUGUGCAAGAUAUUCGUAGUCUAAACGAAUUGUCUCGGAGAUCCCGGAAAGCAGGAAUGAUUGUGCUUGGAGGUGGCGUUUGCAAACAUCAAAUUGCGAACGCAAUGUUAAUACGCAACGGUGCUGAUUAUUCGGUUUUCAUUAAUACAGGUCAAGAAUUUGAUGGCUCGGACUCUGGUGCUCGUCCUGACGAAGCAAUUUCUUGGGGGAAAAUACGAGCAGGUGCUGAAGCAGUGAAGGUUUUUGCUGAUGCAACUUUGGUUUUUCCGUUGUUAGUUGCCGCCACUUUCGCGAAAGAUGUGACGAGGGAAAGUUGA